UGGAAUUAUCUAAUGAUUCCAAGUUGAAGCGUCAUUUAUUAAAAAUACAUAAUCAUGACCCAUUUGAUAAAAAUAUAAGUUCGACUGAAUUCAGCCUUAAAGAAGAAGAAGAGCUAGCUGAAAUACAAAACAAUGGAACUCUUUUAUUAAAAUAUAAAAAUGUUCCAUUAAAUGAAUUUUUGAUUCAUGUUGAAAAAAUGCAAACUAUAAUUGGCAAAAAAGCUCUAAAUGUAUUAUUGCAGUUUUCUAUGUCAUAUUUGUGUGAACAAGGAUUUUCAACUCUUGAAAAUGUUGUUCAUUGA